AUGGCCUCCGAUCCCUCCACCUAUAAGUUCAACCACACGAUGUUGCGGGUCAAAGACCCCCAGCGUUCGUUGGAAUUCUACAAGUUCCUUGGUAUGAGCGUGGUCAUCAAGAUGGACGUUCCCGAAGGAAAGUUCACCAACUACUUUCUGGCCUACACCGGCCCUAAGUCUCUGAAUGGAGAUUCCCACUUCACCGAUCUCCAAGGUACCGUCGAGCUCUGUCACAAUUGGGGAACCGAGAACGAUCCCGAGUACAGCGUCGUCAACGGCAACACCGAGCCACACCGAGGCUUCGGCCAUCUCGCCAUCUCCGUCGACAACAUUGAAGUCGCCUGCAAGCGCAUCGAGGAUGCCGGAUAUAAUUUCCAGAAGAAGCUGACCGAGGGUCGGAUGCGACACAUCGCCUUUGCGAAGGACCCCGAUGGAUACUGGGUUGAGAUCAUUAAGCGCGCCGAGGAGAAUCUGUCCACCACCACGGACACGGGUUCCUACCGUAUGAACCACACCAUGCUGCGUGUCAAGGAUGCUGAGGCCAGUCUCAAGUUCUACCAAGAGUCUAUGGGUAUGACCUUGGUUCGCACAGUUGAGAACCCGGACAACAAGUUUAACCUGUACUUCCUGGCUUAUGGAAAGGCCCCCGCGGACGGCAAAACCUCGGACAUGGAGGGUCUGCUGGAGUUGACUUGGAACUACGGCACCGAGAAGCAGGAGGGUCCCGUGUAUCACAACGGCAACACCGCACCCCAGGGCUUCGGUCAUAUCUGUACGUUACCGUGUCAUGUUGUUCUUCUUGAAUCCUAUCUUUUCUGUUAUCGUGCUGACAGUGAUUUCCUCUCAGGCAUCUCCACCGACGAUCUGCAGGGCGCCUGCGACCGCUUCGAGUCCCUUAAGGUACCUUUCAAGAAGCGUCUUACCGAUGGCAUGAUGAAGAACAUCGCGUUCAUCCUGGACCCCGAUGGAUACUGGAUCGAGGUGAUCCAAAAUGAGCGAAUCAAGCGCACCUCCAACUGGUGA